GGCCGCACAGCCGCGGGCCGAGCGAGUCGAUGAGUCGGUGCGGGAGCUGGGCGCGAGCGCACGGCGUCUGAGGUCUGGCGUGUCGCCCUCUUCCGAGUCCAGGCUGGCAGCGGUCGCUGUGGGGAGGCAGGCGGGACGCCCUCAAAGAUGCUGUAUCUGCUGCUCCUUUGUGAAUGUCUUUUGCUGAUAACUGGUCAUGCUCAUGAAGAUGACUGGAUUGACCCCACAGAUAUGCUUAAUUAUGAUGCUGCUUCAGGAACCAUGAGGAAGUCUCAGAUGAAAUAUGGUACAUCCGAGAAAAAGGAAGUGAUUCCUGACUUGUCGAAUGCCGAGGAGUUAUCAGACUGUUUGCACAGACUGGAUUCUUUAACUCACAAGGUGGAUGACUGUGAGAAGAAGAAAAUGAAAGAUUAUGAAAGUCAAAGCAAUCCUGUGUUUAGGAGAUACCUAAAUAAGAUUUUAAUUGAAGCUGGCAAGCUUGGACUUCCUGAUGAAAACAAAGUUGAUGUGCAUUAUGAUGCUGAGAUUCUCCUUACAAGACAAACACUGUUGGAGAUACAGAAGUUCCUCAGUGGAGAGGAGUGGAAGCCAGGAGCCUUGGAUGACGCCUUAAGUGAUAUUUUAAUCAAUUUUAAGUGUCAUGAUUCAGAAGCAUGGAAGUGGCGAUUUGAAGACUCUUUUGGAGUGGAUGCAUAUAAUGCGUUUAUGGUGCUCUUGUGUCUGCUCUGCAUUGUGCUGUUGGUGGCUACAGAACUAUGGACACAUAUUCGCUGGUACACACAGUUGAGACGCAUUUGUAUUAUCAUUUUUCUCUUCAGUGUGGGAUGGAAUUGGGUGUAUCUAUAUAAGGUAGCUUUUGCUGAGCAUCAGGCUAACGUCGCCAAGAUGGCACCAUUGGACAAUGUGUGUGCUAAGAAGAUGGACUGGACUGGAAGUCUCUGGGAAUGGUUUAGAAGUUCAUGGACCUAUAAGGAUGACGCGUGCCAAAAGUACUAUGAGCUCUUACUAAUCAACCCUAUUUUGUUGGUUCCGCCAACAAAGGCUCUGGCAGUUACAUUCACUAACUUCGUAACAGAACCAUUAAAGCACAUUGGAAAAGGAACUGGUGAAUUCAUUAAAGCACUCAUGAAGGAGAUUCCAGUGUUACUGCAGAUUCCAGUGCUGGUGAUUAUGGCAUUGGCCGUCCUGAGCUUCUGCUACGGUGCUGGAAAGUCAGUUCCUAUGCUGAGACACUUGGGUGGUCCUGAAAGAGAACCUCCCCAGGCACUUGAGCCAGCCGACAGGCUACAGAAGAAGCAACUUGACUAUAGACUCCAUGGUGGAGCAGGUGAUGCAGAUUUCUGUUACAGGGGCCACGCUGGCUCCAUCGAGCAAGGCCCUUAUGACACGAUGCAUGCGUGUAACAGAGAUGGUUUGAGACAGAGACACGCUGAUAUGAGAAUUCGCACUGGCAACAAGAGCCCUGAAGUGCUCCGGGCAUACGAUUUACCUGACACGGAGGCUCAAGAGCAUCCAGAAGGGGUACCCAGACAUAAACCAUCCAUUGUGAAUACAAACCUCAAAGAGAUUGGUGGACUCCCAGGAGAAAGCACCCCAACAGAACACAGCCAGUCUGCCAAGACUGUCUCUGGCCAAGGUGCAGGGACUGCAGAAGUCUCACCCACAGCGGAGAAGGCCCCGAUGAUGCUAGAUUCUGCGUGCAGCCCACAGGGAGGUGCCACACACAGCCCAGAAACUGCAACAUGUGUGACUGACCUUGUCAGCAGCCCAUGUGGCUAAGGAACAUGAAGUCAUCUUUGAAGUCUGUAAAGUAUUAACUCUUCAUUCUUCCCUAAAAAUAUGUUGGUAUUUACUACAAAGCUGCCAACUUUAAUAUUACAGACCAUCAGUAUCUCUUAACCUAUUAAGAUGUCUCAUAAUUUUAGAACAGGGUUUUGUAUGUUUUCAGAUGAAUGCUAUGGCAAAUAUAAUUAAUAAGUAAUUAAAGUUGAACUGGCAUUUAGAAGAAGCAACUAAUCAGAGUGUAUGUUAGCUGGUGGAGGGUCCUGUGAAACCUAGUUAACAGAAUAAUUGGUUUGAUUUCGUCAGUGUUUGCAUUGCAAAGGGUGUUUAAUGCAGGCUGGCAGCUGCUGCAGCCCCAGAGUACAUGUGACCGUGUCAAUCCCAUUAUGUAGAACAAUGUGACUCUGGUUACUAGGCCUGCUUGUCAUACAUUUUACAUUAGGUCUCACUAAGACAAACCUGAGGAUGGCCUGGUGCUAUCAGUCUUUCUCAGUUUCUCACUUCAUCAUUGAGAAUGGCUUUAUUCUCCACCAUGAAGUGCUGCUUUUAUAAAGACCCAGUUUCCAUGUUGAGAACCUAGCAAUUGAUGCUAUUCAGUUUUUAUUAUGGAAAACCAUCUUGUCUGGGCUAAAUGCAAUUCUAGUUUUCGAAGAGCUUACAUAGGAAAUAAGAUGUAUUAACUGUGGGCAGAUAUAUUGUCAAUCAACAUUUUGUGAUUUUAAAAUACAUUCUCCAUUUUAAACCUUUUAAAAAAGCAAUUUCUGUAUUUUGUACAAGUCCCUAGUUAGCAGUCUUUCUUUGAACUCAGGUGUCCUUUGUCGUAACCACAUCCACACUGCACAUUUUAUUCAGCUGCUUUCCUAACAUCGACGUCACUCAGGAAUUAAGGCUUGAAAUGAUCAGGCAGGCUAUUUCAGCAAGGAUAUUCAGAACAACUGACUUUGAUUUCUUUACAGAAAUGUAUGCUAUUCCAUUUUUUAUACUUAGCAGUUAUCUUUGUCAUUCACCCUGACUGGGAAAUACACUCCCAAGGUGGGACGUGUAUUGGAGCUCUGGAAUUCUGAGGAGAGAGAACUCCUGUAACAGAUGUUCCUGAAAGGAAGGGAAGGGCACUGCUGUUGCUUUUAAUCCAGAAACAAACACUUCUAAAAACAUUUACAGUCUCAUCUUUGUACUUCUCAUUGCAGAUAACUGUUUGGGAGUGGACUCUAUCUGGACAGUCAGCAAAGCAACAUGCUGUUGUCGAAAGAUUACAGUCAUUCAGGGAAGACUUGACUAAAACAAGUGAACAUAUCAAGGCCAGCUUGUUUCAGUUGACUAGCAAGUGUUUGUCAUGGAGACUAAAGCAUAUUGUAACUGCCUGUUAAGAAAGUAACAACAGGGUAGGUAGCUGUUAAAAGCACCUUUUAAAAUGGAAUAAUGUUGAAUGCUUACAGGGUCUUAAUAGGCACUGUAAACACAAAAUAAACACUUAUUUUUACAUUA